UAGAUCAUCCGUGCUUAUUUGUCCGUCCGGAGUUGUUCGCGGAAGUCCCUCUUUUUUCGCUAAACCAGUCCCUGCAACAGGCCUCGACACACAAUUUUACAGAAGAAACGGCUACCGAACUAUAUGGCACAUAACCUCAGAGGGAGCAGGUGUACGGGGCUGAGCUGAUUGGUGGUGGCACUUCAUGGCCAGCAGUGGGCCCUUGGGCGAGGAGGAGGGAAGCCGAUGGGGCGGAUGGGGAAGAGGAGAGGAGGAUGAGGAUGCUGGCAGCGACAUCACUAUGGACAGCACAGCCACGAGCCUAGUGGGCUGCCGGCCCCGAAAUGGCUCGCUCAGCUCCGAGGCCCCCUCCGAGGCUGUCCCGGACAAGUACGGCUUCCUGGGCGGAUCCCAAUACACUCGGCCCAAUCCGUCACGUCGUGUACCCCUUGAGGUCCAAUGGAAGCGGGAGCUGAAAUGGAGGGACAUGCUGGAGAAUUGGGAACGCUACAUGACCAAGCACUUUAAAAAGGUUCGAGACAGAUGUCGCAAAGGCAUCCCCUCAUCAAUGCGGUCUGUUGCCUGGAUGAACCUGUGCGGGGGCCGGUUUUUGAUGGAGAGCUAUCCGGGCAAGUUUGCUGAGCUCGACAAGCACCCUGGUGAUCCACGAUGGGUCGACGACAUCCGUAAAGACCUGCAUCGACAAUUUCCGCAACACGAAAUGUUUGUGAAGGACCAUGGCCAUGGGCAGGAAGACCUGUUCCGAAUACUGAAGGCUUACUCGGUGCUGAACCCCGCAGUGGGCUACUGCCAGGGCCAAGCCCCCAUCGCAGCUGUUCUGCUCAUGCACAUGCCAGCCGAGCAUGCCUUCUGGUGUCUAGUGGCUGUCUGCGACAAAUACCUACGAGGGUACUACAGCCCUGGAUUGGAUGCUGUCCAGCUCGAUGGAGAAAUACUUUUUGCGCUACUCAAAAGAGUUUCACCAUCGGCACAUCGUCAUUUAAAAAAGCAGCGUGUGGAUCCCAUCAUGUACAUGACUGAAUGGUUCAUGUGCGCCUACAGCCGCACCUUGCCCUGGGCUACUGUGCUGCGUGUGUGGGACGUUUUCCUGUGUGAAGGGGUGAAGGUGCUCUUCAAGGUCGCUCUGGUGCUCUUGCGAGGCGUGCUUGGAGGUGGAGACCUCGGCAAACGCUAUCCGGCCAUGUUUGAGACGUUGGAAGCGCUGCGGUCCUUGCCCGAGCCGCUUGUUCAAGAAGACUAUCUCGUCACCCAGUUGGUUCAGCUGGACGUCACCAGCCACGACAUGAUGAAGGAGCACCAGCGACAGAUUGCCAAGAGGCGGCUCGCGCAGCUCUCCAAAGUGAAAACCUAGCGUAGGAACACACAAGACAGUCAAUGGCGCUGCAGCUACCUGUUGGUACACGGAAGCCAAUGGCCACUCUGUCUAGAGAGAGAGCUAGGCUUCCUAGGAGGAAUAUCACCCUCCCAUAUCUAAACAAAAGAAGAGGGAAAAAAAGAAAGUAAAGUAUGACAGGGUUGCCUAAGGCAGUCUGAGACUCCUCACAGCAUGCUGAAUCACGCGAACGGUGAUGCCUUUAAAGUUUGUGUUGUACUCCAGGUUUCAUAAGAGAAACACCUCUCUAUUCAAGGCAUCUCUCGAUGCCUUAGCCAGCCUCGAUCAGUCACUUCAGGGGCUGUUUUCACUUCUAUGCGGUGUAACAUGCGUCAUGACGCCCCGCUGUAGUGCUGGGCAUACCGUCGACAUGCUAGGAAACUUUCCAACAUGAUAAUAAUGCGGCUUACAGGUAUAAGAUUCCUAUGGUCACACCUGCGUCAAACUGGUGCAAAUCAAUCAGUGAGCAAUGAUAGCGAUAUCCCAAGGAUUGCCUGCAAAGAAUGUAGCCCCAGUCGUUUUCUAGCUGUACGGGAUAGACGGCAGCAUGCAAGAAUUUUUUGAGUGGCAAAAAAGCAUUGACAAUAGCUGAGGGUUUGCAGUCAUGUGGCACUGUAGCAGGCGUAGCCAGUGUGAGGAAAUUACUGUAGUGUGAGGAAUGUACUGUAGUAUCACAUAUCUGUGUUGUCAGAUUAAGCGGGACAAAACGAAGAACAUUAAUGGCACAAAGUUUGAAAGCGUUAGCAUAUCUUUACUGCACUAUCACUGUUUUAGUCACCUCCCAGUUUUACACAUUCUAGCCUAGCUGCACCAGGGAAUGCAUAAUGUGGGCUUAACUAUGUUGUGCAUUCCAAGAUGUGCCAACAAGCCCAAGUGUUUAUUGUGGCUUAGCUAGCACAUGUAAAGCUAGCACAUGGUCAAAACUAGGCUUGUGCGAAUAUUCGAGCACUUCGAAUAUUCGAACGGAUAUCACAGUAUUCGAAUUCGCUUCGAUUUGAAUUUAAAUUAUUGGAAAUUUCGAAGUAUUUGAAAUGAACGAAUAGGUGUAUAUUAGUCCGCAUGUAACCCCCCUGUAAAGGUGGUUUCACUACAAUGAAGGGGUGCUCUACAGUGAUUACACCUUUCCAGGAAAAAUCCGCACUGCCGCGAAUCCUCACUUCAAGGUUAAAUGAACAUAUAACCCUCACAUCGAUUUGUCAUUUUUUAAGUUUAAAAGCUUGUUAUACCGGAUUAUAUGCUCUCAUUAAAUUCUUUAACAUAACAUAUUUUACAGAUUAUCACUUGCAUACUACUAAAAGCCAAAUCCUGCUACUAUUCAAAAUUGCUCCCACUUCCUUUGAACCAAAAAGAAUGACAUUUGCAUAUGCCUUGUUUCAAUUUAAAUAUGCUCAUUUUUCUUUAUAUGUGAUAUAUACUAUUCAAAUUCGAUUCGAAAUUAUUAGACCAAAUCACUAUUCGCUUCGAACCUAAAAUUUACUUAUUCGCACAAGCCUAGUCAAAACAGUAGUGCUUAACCAGAGCGAUAAUGUCAGGUGCAAUGCACUUGUAGUGAUGCAAUAAGACCUUGUGUUGCAACCAACAAGCGUUUAUAACUGUAGCAUAGGACAUGGUUAUACAAAAUCUGCCUGACAAUGCUUCUCACUAGGAAGUGCCUGGAAACACACUCCCAAGAAGCUGCUUUGCACUAUGCCUAGUUUUAAGAACGUUUCAGCAGUAAAGUAGCUUAGCUUAUCUGCCAUGAACGUGUACUGCCUGUUGCGAUAAAUUCUAGACUAUAAGAUCACUUGUGGACUUUUGUGGGUGACAGUUGCAAGAUAUGCGAAAAUACAUCGCUUGUUGCCAUUUAUUGAAGUCAGAAAAAGACUACAAUCGAGGCACAGACAUUGACAGAGGGGUGCCCUUGACAACAAUCCAGCAGCUUACAAGUCUAGUCAUACAAGUCGUACAAACAGUAUCGUAUAUUUUGGCUGAAGUUCCCAUGUAGGCAUGGAUUGUAAUCUGUGCCUGUAUGUCUGUUUAAUAUUCACAUUGACUCGGACUUGACGUAAGCUGUAGUCCAUGGAGAAGUUCUGUGAGAAUGCGCAUGCUUAUUUUCUAUGCUAUAUUGCUGUCUGGUGGCCUAGGAGUAGUCAGUGAUGCCUCUAAUAAUGAAAGUAAGGUAACACAGUGUCUCUUACAUACCUUAUGUUCACACAUAUAACCUGCCUUGUGUAUAAGCUGCAUAGCCUAUUAGAGCUGUUGGAAAAGGCUUAAAAAAGCAAUCAAAGACCACUUUGCCAGCACAAUAACUCGCCACAGGCCAUAUUUACACAGAAAUUCUUCCUUCAAGUGCGAAUUCAUGGCAUUGUCUGUGGCACUGAUGUGAAACUGCUUGUGAAGGCAGAACUUUAGUAUACUAUAUCUAACCCUCACAUUUAUUUUGUUCAGGUUCUCAAUGUUCCAGCCCCUGUUUUAAAAGCAAAAAUAUGGUAACGUUUAUGUCAACGUUAGAUACUAGAUGCUUGUCGGUGGUGGGCUGUAACUGCCUUUCUGAAACACUGAAUGAUUCUCGUCUUCUCGCCAGUUAACCUGUUGCGCUAAAUCAACGUUGUGAUGUCGUUACACUCUAGUCUUAGCCUCACUUUUCUCUCUGGACAAAGUUGGCAUUGGCUGACGUGGCAGCAUUGUCAGAAGUUAUGAACAAAACCGAAGCUUACUUCGGCAGCAGCUGAAAUGGGGACCCGUGAAACUACCGUGAAGGGACCAACUCUUCCAUUGCCUUUCACUCUAGCACUCUUGUAAGAGGGCAGCAAUACACGAGAUUACAGUGUUUACACAACCGCGCAACUGUUGACUGCUUGGUUGUGUAGUGGUGUAGAUGAAAGCAAUCUCUAUAUCUUUGUUGUGUAGACCAUCUCAAAAGGACAGACUGAUGGGCUAGUUGGUAAAAUACAUAGCUCAUGCAGUAGCGCAACGAAUCAAAUGGACGGCGAAAGAGCAAGACGGGACACAGGGCUAGUCCCGUCUUGCUCUUUUGCCGUCCAUUUGAUUCUUUGUGCUACUGCCUGAAGUUGACCAUUUACUGUAAGUUGACAUCAGCCUACCUUUCAGACAUCUUUAGAGGGUUGUCCUAUUCAACGUAGAUUUCAGUCGUAGAAAGCCCUCUCCGAUGGAACGAAAUAUCCGUGUGAUGGUGAUGGACCACUUUCUUAAACAUGCAACAGUGUUUGGGGAUGGUUAUUUUUCUUCCGACUUCGGGUGGUAGUUGACUGGUGCACCCAGACAGUUGUACUACUGUGACCAACUAAACUGUAUCGCUUACCAGUCUCCUGGUAAAUAUUAAUAUUACAGGGUCAGCAGAGGGGCUGUGUUCAUGCUCUGACUGGAGUUCAAAUUCAUUUCAUUUUUGCGCAGCCUUGCCGUUAAACGGCACUGUUUUCCUCACAGUGUUCUUUCAGUGUCUUUUGUGUGGCUGUACACUGUGUUGUUUUCUGGAACAAUUACUUAGCUGAGAAUCUCCGAUUAAAGGAUGUUUAGAUUGGGCUCGAGCGUGUCGUCAAAAUUUCACCAUGCCUGGUACAAACUGUGCCAACACCCGCACAAUUUGUGCCACCGUGCUUAGCAGUGCUUCAUUGAGUGCGCGCAAGAUAAUACAGCACGCAGUGUUCAACAAAAACAAAGUGCGCCUUUAAGGGGUCCUGAACCACUUUUUCAAGUAACCAUCGAAUGACCUCAGUAUCUGAGUUUAUUGCUUCACGAAUCGAUUGCUGCAAACAUUUCUCUAGUCUGCCAAGAACGACUAGGGUUACGGGGAUUUGUUGCACGCUAAAUUUAAGUGCUUUCUCUCAAACCGACGAGCAGGCUGUAAGCUACACAGGGAGGGGUGGCAAGGGGAAAAGAAGUUACGUCAGCGCGCGUCACAACCUUGAGCGUGCAGAAUGAAAUGAGAUCACUCUCUCCCGCUGUGAUUCGUGAACGCAAGUCUGGCUACUGUGUAAUGUUAGCACACAUUGUGGAGCGUGGCGCUGGCACGUGGCGACACCCUGUAGCAAGAAGCGCAUCUGAUCCAAGCGCUGCUCUUGAUUUAUGCCGGCUAUUGGCCAAUACCAUGCUAUCUGUUGUUGGAUGUCAAGCAGCAGGCGGCUUUGCCCACCAGAGUGAGGAUGAGCCUCUGCAUGAAGAGAGUGUGCUUGGAAAAUUGGUAACUUCCGCAUGGCUUCUCAACUCUCCUUGCCAUGCACUGCAAGAUUUCGCUGAACUGUUCACAGCAGUGUCUGCUUUCUGCAGGAUGUGUCUUCUCACCAAGCCGGAUAGGCGGUUCAUGACCCUUUUAGCAUUCAUUCUCUCAUAUUAUCUCCAGUAUCUUCCACUAAGCAGCACACUCGUGUGAAUAGCUCUUAAGCAGCGCAAAUUGGGCCACAGGAAGCCUUCUGUCAGCAGGAGUCCUUUACGGCAGUUGGGGCAUCAUGGCAGAGUUCGCAUCAUGUGCAAGUACCACCAGCAAAAGUGAUUGUUCCAGAAUACACGACCUAUAGUCAGCACAUGGCAGCUAUAACGUAACACAUGGAGAGAAGUUUGGGAUGUCAUUUGUACAGUGUGUAUCAAAUGUCUGCUUUCCAUACAGUGCAGCUCCAACUGCACUAGGCAUGAGGGCAGUAGAUGAAGUCAGUAUUUCCAAGUCAAGUUGGCGAGUGAGUCUGCGACUUGUGAUUAAAGGGACACUAAAGAGUGACAGUAGAUCAGUUUAGGCAGGUCGGCUUCAUCUUCAAAAUUCCGUUGGUUGUUAUACGGUGAAAAAGAAAACUGAGGCCAAGUUUUCGUUUUUUUUACCUGAUCCGCAUCUCGAACAUCUGCAGUGCUGUUGUCACAUCUCAUCAUCAUGUUUUGGUCGCUUUACGUGAAAAAGCUUUCGUAAAGCUGCUACUAAGUAGUUCUUCAGUACCUUUUAAGAAAAUGUAGCGCAAACUUUCGUCUACAAGCGGUGAUCUGUGUGCAGGCUGCUGGUUUCAACAUAUCGAGGCAUUAUUGCCACCGCAUUUCAUUUCUGCAUCAUUGUUGGCCUGUCAAGCCAGAAAUGAUGCAUGCAGCAACACUGACCGAGUUAGUAGUUCAGUAGAUCGACCUAGUUCGUAACGAAUGUUGUCCGCCUGUCCAAGCUUGUCCUCUGUAGUGUCCCUACAUUACUUCGGGCCAGCCCGAUUCAGUCGUUUAUUAAAGUCAGCCUCCACGCUGCUUUGCUCUUUCACAUGCAUGUGGUCAUUUGUGAAGAGUUAACGAGAGUGUUUUAGUAGCUUGCUCCUGCUCUGUGGUUACCUCGAUGUCACGACAUAUCUUUGCAGGUGCUUGUUAUGCCUAGAUGCCUAACUGCUACGGGCUGGGUAUUUCCAGGAAGUGACUCUCCUCGCUGUAAAUGGGGGCGUGGGGGAGUGAUAGGAAGUGGUGCUUUAUGUGUCGGAUAACAAUCACUUUUUGUCAGGAUGUGAAGCCUAACCUAACCAAUCACUUCCUUCCGAAAGAGUGUGCCUGUAUGCUGUCUAUGAGCGUUUCUUUUUUUUUGUCUCUUAUUAAGCCAAGCGGUCACAUUCUGGAGCUUGAAAUUUGUUAGCUGCAUCGUGAGACAGUGGUUGUUUAACGCUUGCACGGCCAGGAAAAUUUGCUGACGAGGCUGACCUCAUAUCAUAAAUUGCGGUGGGCGUAGGUGACUUCCUUAGCACGUGCCGAUGCUUGUCAGUCCUGUACCUUCCUGCACAUAGUGUGGAAGGACGGGUUGCAAUACACACGUAAAUGUGCUUCUGUACUGCCGUCCUGGUCUCUUUUUUUUUUUGCACCGUUGUGGACACCAUAGUUUGCAUGUUUUCUCUGCAAAUGUGUGUUCAGCUUAGUUCUUUGACUAUAAUUAGCUCUCAAAAAUGAGUGAAGCUGUAUUGUCGAGACAGUAUUCAUGAUUAGUCAAUAUGCCAGGCAGACCAACUCGUUAGCAAACUUAGCAAGUUUGCCCUCUUAAAUUUUCUUUCUUUUCAGAACAGGGAAAGGUUCUUUACUCCUUGUUUUGACAAUAAGAGUCAGCCAUCACAUAUGCUUUUUUUAAUCUGCACCUGAUAUGCAAGUUGUGUUAUGUCUAGGUCUUGGCUUGCAGAUAAUGUGUUUAAAAAAAAAUCUAAACUUCGCUGUCAUUGUGGGGAGUGGGGCUUUUAAAUUAUUAAGUGUAUAUGUAUUGUUAUGAUGCUUUCCGGUGUACUACAUUUGUUGUAUGUGUCCUUUCGUCACUCAGUAGCAAAGAUCUCUGAUGUUAUGUGCUUUGCUUUCGCACACUGGUUUUGUGUCUGUUUACCGUUGCACCUUUCUUAUUUCUAUGUUUUUGUUGUGUUCUUGUUGUAUCGACAAUGUACCCAUUUUGUUUUGCCUAUUUCUCUCCACACAUUUCAUGUCAUAUAACAUCUCUUGUUUAUUGAUGCUUCUGAGCUUUUGUUACUGUUGAAACUUGCCUCAAGACGUAUUUAAUAUGUACAUCCUACAUUGUUCGCUUAUCGUGGUUUGCGGGGCCAGAAAUAGCCAGCCCAUUUUGUUUCUUUUUACUUCCCUGGCACAGUUUGUUUAUUUAUUUAUGGUAUCUGCACUCCUUAGACUUCGGUCAUAUAUGUUACCGGGAAAAACGGUCUCGUACCAGAACCCGUUUUAAGCGUUUCAUGGCGACGGUUGAAUUUCUGACAUGCUUUUGGAAACUUGCUGCUCUUCGCUAUGCUUAUCUAAUGGCACUUUUUUUAUGUUAAGUUUUGGAAUACCUAUUCUCUGCGCACUUUAUCAAAUGCUCCAUAAAUUUUCUUGCUGGUACUGCUUAGCUUGGCAUCAUGCAAACUGUUUCUUUUUUUUUUAAGGUGCUGGACGUAGUCUCUGCUUUGUAACGCGGUGAUGUUUUGCGUUUUGGCCACAAGUGCAAAGAACAAUUAAUAAUUGCACACCAAUUUUAAAGCUGCUGCCCGCUCUCUCUUUCUCUACAUUCCAUUCACCCCACUUGUAUUUUGAAAUUUAGAGUACAACCUCGUUGAAGUUUUAACAACUUCAGCCAUCGCAAAAAUGCAAUUUGAGUUUGUGUUAGACCACAUUACCUUUUCCUUCUGCUCCAUACAUGCACGUAGGGUCUUGGUGUUUAGCAGAGGCAUUUAUGCCACAACCUAUCUUAUCUAGUCUAGAUGAAUCUAGACUGCACCUUGUUCACUGAGUUAUCGGAACUCGCUCCAGAUUUCAGUUGAUAUUUAAAUGACAAGUGCGUUAUCGCGUUCAACGUACCAUAAUGUAAUACUGCGUAUUUAUAUGCAACACUGGCAACAUGGCUUAUUUUGAAAUAGCAAGAGAGGAGCUGCAGUCUUUCUUAUCAGUACAAUUUGGUGCUAAAAGUACAUUUGAAUGUUGUCAUAACGAAGUCAUACCUAGGGCUGACAAAAUUGUUAAAUAGGAAAUGCUAGGUGUUGCAACUGUAUUGGGAGGCAUUCGUGGCGAGAAGUUUUUUUGACGCACAGCUGGAUAAUAUAGAGCAACCUUGGGGGGGGGGGGGGGCAUUCAGAGAUGCUGCAGGCACUUUUUCAGUUUGCAUGUGCUCUCACAUGUACUGACAAGCAUGCAAACAAAAUGGCAGCCUUCCAGUGAUACAAGUCGCUAUUCACUGAAAAAUGGCAUCUUGAUAAGAGCAAUGCGCAAGAGGUGUGAAACCACAAAAUACAUGCAUUGAUAGAAUUGUGCGUUUUUUUUUAUGCAAGACAGUUUUAAGAACGUCUGUAAGUAUUGAAUGGCCAUAAUUCUACCCUGAUCGAUGUCACGGUGCAAUGGGCUCUAUUACUUACAGCAUCCAAAGCCUACCAAAUUAAUAUAUUAUAAGCUGCCUGAGAAUAUGCCAUUGAUUUGAGAAUAGGACCCUUGUGACACAUUCUUAAACGAUGCAUUGAUUUCACAUAAACUCUGUACUAGUACUAUAUCAUAUUUCUCUGAUUUGGAAACAUUUUGCAUGCACAGUUUAUAAUAUUUGUGUUGUUUUUGUUGUGGAGUGAGGUAGAGUUUUUGAGAACUUCACCAAGCAGCUUUGCAAGUUAAAAAAAUAGGCUUUAAAUCAAUAUUGUGCUUUCUACAGACGAUAGGAUUAGAGUGUAACUCGAACUCUUACAUGAAACAAAUCCGAGAUAAGUUUGGCGGUUGUCAUAGAAUAUGCACUUGUUUCACAUGUAUUUUAAUAGCAAAAGAAGAAUGUAGUUGGGCGCAAGCUAGUGCUGCUACUUUUGAGCAACGCGAGUUAGAUAUUGUAUGCGAUGUAAUUGUGAGUUCAGGAGUCUGUGAUGCGGCGAUUAACUGCUUAUAAAACAGCUUGGGCUUUUAUUGCCUCAUAUUGUCAACUAGAAAAUUUAACUUUUAUUUCAUUAGGUGCUGAUUGAUCAAGUCUCCAAAGCAUGGAUCUUUGACGUAAGCUAGUCACAAUGGCUGUUGGAGCCUGCUUACAUCUGUGAACAUGACAGUACUCUUGACCAGUUAUCACAAAAUUAAGCUGUUAAAGUACCAGUAUUGUCAAGCUUAACAACCCAUGAAUUAUAGCACAGUCAUCAACCAGCCUUGGUGUAGAAAAGUCAGAAGAAAAGAAAAUAGGUGACACUGUUUCACUUAUUUUGAACAUGAACGCUUCUUUCCCACAUGAUCAUCAGACAUAUAAGUGAAGAGAUGAGCGAGGUUAUACCUGAGCAAAUACAGUAUUUUAGUGUUUAUACUACACAUGACAGCAUUUUGAGUUCAGCGAAGAGGUGAAACACGAGAUAAUGUGGUGCGAUUCCGAUACCUUGCAGGGCUUCUUCAAUGUAUGUUUAUAAAACCAAGUCAUGAGCCUUACAUUCAAGACUAGCUGUCCUGCCUGUAGAAAUUUAAAACAGUUGUUCAAAUAGUGGAACGCAUUUUACUAUCUGUUGGUAAAACACGUAACUCAGCAUACUUGUCAUCAUGACAGACGUAUGUUGCAAUUGUGAUGGUAUUUUCGUUGCUCGUACUGAUUUGCGUUGAACGUCUAAAAAUCGUACAGUACCACAUAAUGUCGAAUAAAGCCAGUGACCGUCAGCAGCAGCAACACCUUGGGCCUCACGUCGGCUUCAGCCACAAUUGCAGAGAGCUACUCCUUUUUUUUUUUUCUUCUUUUGUAUGGGUGGUACGUCUCGUACAGACAGUACCGGAGUAGACCAAUAUUAUUGCGUCACACUCAAUUACAGUGCAAGUGUGCGUUUUGGUAGAUAUCGGGGUCAGUAUCCUGAGACAAUUACUUUUGGUGACACUGUCACUUUCACAAGAUUCCACGAGACGAGCCGGAUGCAUUCUCUGCGUCUGUGGGUACAGCGGGCCAGACACAUUGCCGCUCAUAGAUGCAAUGUGCUUAAGUGUAUCUCGUGAAAUCUCGUGUGACAGUGUCGCCGAAAGUGAUCGUCUCUUAAUAGGGCCCCAGGAUGUCGGGAAAGGGAAAGUAAAGCAGUUCUGCACGUACACCACUGCUCUUCACUUAACAGCCCAGACAGUAUGCACGCUUGACAAUGACGCCGGCACAUAUCGAGUCAUUUUUCUCGGGCCACUAUUUGCACGUGUGCAAAUGCCUUGUAAAGCCAUUUCCGCAGAGUAUUAUUUUUGUGUGACCCGGUCUGCCUGCUUGGAACGGGUGCAGGCUGUUGCACAUUGUACAAAGUCUAGUGCACCGAGUAUUUUUGUAUGUAGAUGCCUCUCCUUUUCGAGUGUCCCUGUUACAUCCACUUGCCUCCUGUUUUGUUGCAAUGGUGGCAGUAAAGCUUUUUCUUUUAUU